CACACUUUUGUUUUCUUGCAGAAGUGGUGGUAAGCGGCGGCUGCAAUUGUUCAUCCAAAGGUUCAUCCUCCGCUGUGUUGUGUGCUUCUGUUUUCAGUGGUGGGGGGUGGGUUGAUCCCAAGCAGAGGUUAUCAUCAGUGAUGAUGCUGUGGCUGCAAAGGAGUGUGUGACACUCUUCGAUGCUCACCGACCGCUUUCAGUCAUCAUGAGCCGCGAAGAUAGCAAUUUAUCUGACCGACAGAUUUUGCUCUCAAGAUUAUUGGACGCCGUAAAACAGUGUCAGAUUCGCUUUGGAGGUCGUCAGGAACUGGCAACAGAGGGUGACGGUCGGGUUGUGAACCUGUGUACGCAAUUUGAAGCUGUUCUCCAACAUGGAAUGAAAAAGGGGAAAGGUAUCUCAGCGGUCAAGCCGGUGUCCGAACUGGUUAAGGGCCUCAACUUGUGGAGUGGAGGAGAAUCCGAAGCAGUGUUCUGGCACUUUGUGAGAACCCACCUGACUCGGCACGAACUGGAGCGCUACCUGGUGCUAAAACACGUGGUGAGCGAUCAGGGUCGAGGAAGAGCCUGGCUGCGCUCGGCGCUCAACGAACACUCGCUCGAGCGUUACAUGCACAUGCUGGUGGCUGACCCUGUGCACAUCAGUCAGUUUUACGAAGACUGGUCUUUCCUCAUGGAUCAAGAACGAAGUAGUAUGCUGCCCACCAUGUCAGCAGGGCUCGGUUCAAUACUGUUUGCCAUUAACAUCGACAAUCCUGCACUGAAUCCUCCUACCGCAGAAAGCGCAACCCAUGCCACACUCUCCGACCCGCAGCCUGUAGUCCGCAGAGCCAUGGGUGAUGUAAAGCGAAAGAAGAAGAAGCGAAAGCCGCGCUCCAACGUGGUGUCCUUCGACGAGGACGAUUUGGACGCAAACUCCGACGAUCGGUCUUUAGACAUUCCCUACAACUGCUUCAGCGCUCCCGCGACCUGUUUGUCGUCCCCCAUCUGUGGCCCCGCAGAUCCCGCCGUCCAGACGCCAACAGUCGAAUUACAGGUUCCUGCCCAGACAGACGACCGCCAAAGUAUGGAAUCUCUAUCCCAGUCAGACGUGCCCACCGACGGGAACCUGUCGGACGAAAAAGAGCGGUGUGAAACAGCCAAGUUAUCCGAAAGUCCAUCCGUGAUGAAGUCCUGGUGCAAUCGAUCUGUGUGUGAACCUCAGCAAGAAUUAAGUGAUUCUGUUUCCUCCUCUCCUGGCAGAGACGAAGAAGCUUUCCAGUCGUCUGUGCUCACUCCAGUAUUGGAUGCAUCCAUAGGAGACCUCAUACCAGUCAACCACGAAGGAAAUGUUCCUAGUUCAGAAGACUCUAUCCCGAGCUACAGCGACGACACCGAGAGCGCCGCGGAAGCUCUUGCAGCAGCACAAAACGCCUAUUCCUUUGCCUCAUCGGCUCAUUCUACAGUUCCUGAUCCCUGCGAGACCAUAGAAGCAACAACCAUGACAACGGAUGAACUCAAGAACGCUCUGCUAGCUGUGACGCUACGGUUCAAAACUGUAGAAGAAGAAAACGGGUCCUUGAGGCGGCUACUGGAACGGGAGUCGGAAGUGGCUUCCAGUUUCCGUGCAGAAGCGGAGGAGACCAAGAAGCAAUGUGUUGAGAAAGCUGAGAAGCAAGAAUCAAAGAUUCAGACACUUUCCAGGGAGAAUGAGCUCCUGAGGCAUCAGCUAAAGAAAUACAUCUUCGCAGUACAACUGCUCAAACGAGACGGCAUAGCAGCGCAUCAAGCAUUAGAGUCCCUGGUUGGGGAAGUGCAGCCGGCCAUUCCCGAGCCAAAGCCCUAUGUGGACCAUCAGUAUGAAGCGAGUGAAUACGAAAAGAAACUGGUUCAGGUGGCAGAAAUGCAUGGUGAACUGAUGGAGUUCAAUGAACGUCUCCAGAAGCUGCUUCUCUUUAGGGAGACCACCAUUCGCCGACUCAGAGAGGAACUGACGGACCUCAGGGGACCGCUCCCCGAUGAGAACCAGACGUCUGAUGACGACAUCAGCAUCACGUCCGACUACGAUGCGUCUUCUCAAUCGGCUGCAUUGCGGCCUCUCAUCAAUAUCUGGAUCCCGUCGGCGUUCUUUGCGGGACACUGUUCCGACGCGUUCCACGUCUACCAGGUGUACAUCAGGAUACGCGACGACGAAUGGAACGUCUACCGAAGAUACUCCCAAUUUUACGCGCUGCAUAAAACGCUCAGGAAGAAGAACCCCAUAGUCAACUCUUUCGACUUCCCCCCAAAGAAGUCUAUCGGAAACAAGGAUGCCAAAGUGGUAGAGGAGCGGCGGAAGAGACUGCAGCGCUACCUGCGCUGCGUGCUCAACUGGAUGACCCAGACCAACCCGGAUCUUCUGGACACCCCGGACAAACAUACGCUCGUCACAAUCAUGCCUUUCUUCAAGGAGCAAGACUCUGCGCACCCCAAAACGUCCCGAAGGGCCCACCCUCAGCGGCUGCGCAUUCCUGGCAACCCUUCGGCAUCCACGCUUCAACCGGCGCAGCAGCAGCAGCACCCCGUUCAGCAUUACACCGGCCUCUGAGCCGUUCAGUCUCUGUUCGAAUCUCCCUCCGUUCACACGGGAGGACGCGGGCCCCGGCACGUUGCCGAACACCCAUUUUGGGCAUUCGCGUCUUUCUUGUUUGGUACGUCCUGUCCGAUUGACACAUUCCAGUGGAGAGCGUUCUCUUACGCCUUCGCGGCGGGAGGCGCAAAAAAAAAAAGGUGUGACGAGCACCGGCCGCGAUGGGCUAAUCACUCCACCAAGGGACCAGGCACUGCGGUGGCUCCUUUGUGAAUAUAGUAUUUAACUAUUUUCUCUUUGUGCUAGUCUAAGGUCCGGUAGUUGUGGAACCUGACUAGAUGGAUACUGUAAUAAGCAAGAUAGUAUGCCGAGUAGUACAUAGUACUCACUAGUUGUGUCUCUGACAAUAGAGGGCUCUUAGGUAGCUUGGAAGUCCUUGCAACAAUCACGUUGGCGACCAGCAGUUUGCUCCGUCUGUUUUUGGUGGAACAAACGCUGGGUGCGAGAUUAAAUUACAUGAAAGGUACGCAGCACGAUAGGACACCCUCGAAAGGUUGGUGUUUAAUUUUAUGCAUACUAUUUUAAAUACUAUUUGGUGAAUAAGUUUUAUUUGACAGAAAAGGAAACUGCACUAUACGAUUUUUGCUGAUAUAACUUCGUACAAACAGUUAACACGGACAUGGUCAUAUGAAAUAUGAUGUAACAAACAUUUCUUAAUUGAAAUGUACUCUUCAGUUCAGUUUAUUUUGACCUUUAAUUUGGAGGGUCCUCAAUUUAUUCUGUACAAAUUGAGUUUCAGUACAACUUCGUUGCGUACAACAGAUUGUUAGCUUCAACGCUGCAUUCAAUAUAAAUGCAGCUUAUCACAAAUAUUUGUUCAUAGGCAUAAUAGAUUGUGUUAACUAGCAAGACCCAAAGGAGGAGUGGAAAUCUUGUAAAAUAUAGUUACUAUAUUUAUAAGGCAUAAAUUAGUAAUGACAUUAUGUACAUAUUUGUUUUUUAAUGUGACAAGGCCAAGUUUACUUGCGAGUCUACCCCAGGUGACAUGGUUUAGCUUACAAGAGAGAUAAAAAGUAAAUGAAUAAUUUAUGAGCCUCGCUAUAUCAUUGAUUGAUUGAAAAAUACGGCUAUAUGAAACGAUGCUUGCCACAUAAGCCUCGCUUAUCCAAAACUGCUCCAGUUGCUAUAUCAAUGUGGGACAGGAUCUCUGGUGUCAUAUUUUUCUACCUUCCCUUCUGUCGCUUCCCAAAAUACUACUACUACAGUAUUAUAUUGAAGCUGUUGCAUGUGUUGCUAUGGGUCGUUGUAAUCGUUGGUUUAUUGCUGUACAUUAAGUACUCUGGUAUUUUGAGGGUAUAGUUUUUGUACUCUUCCGAUAUUCCACGAUUCAUGCACUUCGUGUUUGUACAUUUCAGUUAUGGAAAUAAACUCAUGUCUCUGAAAUUGAA